GCUAUCCAGGAUCCAUUGGUGACCGAGGGGAACCAGGUCCCAUGGGCAAAAAGGGAGAGCCUGGAAUCAGAGGACUUACUGGAUUCCCAGGAAAAUCUGGUUCCAAAGGUCCACCUGGACUACCUGGUCCCAAAGGCCUCUCUGGUCCACAGGGCAGAAUGGGCGAUAAAGGUCCCAGAGGAUUCCCUGGAGCCAUGGGACCUCCUGGUAUACAUGGGCAAAAUGGAAUCCCGGGCAAAUCGGGACCAACCGGAGACACAGGACCUGUUGGUCCAAUGGGACUUGCUGGUCCAGCUGGAUAUUCGGGAAGAGAAGGUCUAGCUGGUUUUGAAGGACACAUUGGGGAGAAAGGAGAGAAGGGCGAAGCUGGAGAUAUUGGUGGAGUUGGCAUCAGCGGCCUGGAUGGAGAGCAGGGUGCCCCAGGGCUACCUGGAAGGGAAGGCCAACCUGGGUCAAAAGGGGAGCAGGGUGACAAAGGAGCUGCAGGGGGUCCAGGUGUCCAAGGAAGCCAUGGAGAGAUUGGAGAGAUGGGCCCCAAAGGACGGCUUGGGAGAUAUGGAGAGCCGGGGAAAGAGGGCGAUGAUGGAGACCCUGGACAUCCUGGUGAGAUGGGACCAAAAGGAGAAAAGGGCAGAGUUGGUGCCAGAGGACCCAUUGGGCUACCUGGGCCAUCUGGAGCCAUGGGCAAAGUUGGCGCAAAGGGUCACAAAGGCGAAAAGGGGCAAGAAGGUUUCUUGGGCCAAAUGGGCAUGAUUGGGAUGACAGGACCUGAUGGAACCAGAGGGUCACAGGGUGAAAUGGGACUCCGUGGACUUCCAGGGUUGGAUGGUCCUGAAGGGGUGAAGGCUGAAACCAACAGGUGA